AUGACACUCUCUCGCCGCCCUAGGACGCUUUUGCUGACCUUUGACGCGUUCAACACCCUUUUUCACCCCCGUAUUCCUGUCGUUAGCAUCUACGUGAAGGCUGCCGAAGAAGUCGGCCUCCUCACCCGAUCCCAAAUACCAAAUGAAUCAUUGCUGAAUCAGUACUUGAAACAUUCGCUAUGGAGACACAACACGUUCUACCCAAACUAUGGCCGAGGCCUGCCAGAUUUUACCAGCCCAAAAGUAUGGUGGGAGUCGGUGAUUUGCGAUUUUUUUGCUGCUGUCAUGGGAAAAGCAAUUGUGCCGCAAGACCUUCCUGAGGGACUGACGGACUCGCUAUACACCACCUUCGCAGGGCCCAAGGGCUAUCAACUGUAUGAAGAUGUGCCCCCAUUUUUUGAAUGGUUGAAAUCGUGGAAAAUUGCGCGCUCAGUACAACUUUAUCCAGCUGGCAACCGUCUCAAUACUGAUUUUGACCGCGUUAUUGUGGGAGUUAUCUCAAAUGCAGACAAUAGAAUUAUGACUGUCCUAAACUCAUUGCGACUACGUGUUGGAAUCCCUUUGGAGGAUGAUUUGGAACGUCCACAUCCGCACAAGCAGCCAGAACGGAAGGCCGAUAUUGAUUUUGUUCUUACAAGUUACGAGGCCGGGUGUGAAAAGCCUGACAAAGCCAUCUUUGAUCUUGCUGUCAAGUAUGCCAAUCGUUAUAUUCAAGCUUCUGGAGAUAACAACUAUAUCUUUCCAGGGCCAGCUGACAAAUGCAUUCACGUUGGGGAUGAUUUUCACGAUGAUCACCUUGGGGCAGUGCGGGCUGGAUGGACUGGUAUUUUACUGCUCAGAAAUGGCGAAAAUAGCCCAGUAAAUGUACCUGAUACUGCAACCCAGAUAUCCGGGUUAAAUCGUUUGUCAAAACAUCUAAGAUUGCGCCCUCUCAGAGAGUCAACUAGUUAA